AUCAGAAACGGUUCCGGAUCCAACAUCUCUUGGUCAAUGAAGUGUUUGAACCAAACGUUGAAAUUGACAGUGCGCUUUAUUCACGCUGACUCACAACAGACAGUGGCAAAUUCGGUGGUGAGAACGAUAUGGUAAUGUAGCAGUUUCACAACAUCCCAAAAGCUUACACUUAAUUGGACUAUUGUUUAGUGCCGAUAUAUUGAGGACCAUUGUUCAGUGCCGAUUCAUUGAGGACCAUUGUAUUGACUGAUCACUGUGAGACAGACUGAUGGCUGACGUCGAGGGCACCACUGAUGAUGUCGACAGUACUGGGUCUCUAGACAGUACAGGGUCUCCGGGAGAUAGUGAAGAGGCUGUAGUGAAGAUGUAUGAAGAGAUGUUUGCCGAUCGGUACUCUUCCACGGAUGACAGUUACCAAGAUCUGCUACAGUCCAGCAAAGCCCCACCUCCAUGUGUGAAGAACUGGUUCCCGAAACAAAACAGAAACUUUGACCGUAAUAGAGGCAGAGGUGGAAGAGGGUAUCACCAGCGAGGUAACUAUGGUAACAGAAACUAUGGCAACCAGUCACAUGGUGGCUAUGAAAACGACAGACGACAUCAAGGCCAUAGAGACCAAGGUCGUUAUGACCACCACCAAGGUCAAGGUCACUGGGGUCAUGGCAACCAGAGACAUGAACGGAGAUACCAGCCAUACUGAACAGUGUUAUGGACUGUGACUGUGGUGUUUUCCUGGUGUGAUUUUUAGGAGUCCAAAUAUGAUUCUAAGAAACGUUGACACAUUUCAUGUUGCAUUGUGGCGUCAUCUUGUGUUCAACUUCAAUAUUGCAAUAUAUGUGUUCAAAUGAUCGAAAUAUAUAUACAUUGUAUGUACAUCAAACAGCAUUGAGACAAAUUUAAAUGAUGUAUGAAAUGUAUUGUCAUUAAAAGGAUGAUCAUGAUGCAGGUUAAAAGAAGCUAACGCCUUGAUUUAGGAAGUUCAUUGGCUUAUAUAAGCCAAUCUUUGUUCAAGGUACAUGUGUAUAUUGGUGUCAUCCUGUCGGUCAUUGCUUGCAGCACAUCAAAUAAACAUCAUCAAAAUCAAAUUCUAAUGGUUCACAUUUUAAAUAAAAUUCCAUUCUUUAAUAAUUCAA